AUGCCCUCUGCGCAGGCUUCUUCACCGCCGCCACCGCCCUUCGAGCUCCGCAAGACGGCUCCGAUCCGAUUCCAGAACUCGGGAGAUGGAGGUAUUGGCGACUUCAGCAGUGCUCUCGGAGGUGACUCGGACUCUGAUGUGGAGUCCGAUCGGGGUGGUGUUGAUGGAUUGGAUGACUUCUUUGGGGAUGAGAAGGACUAG